AUGGAAGUGGCUCGAUCAAAGGCUGGAAUUCAACUCUGCCAAAGAAAGUACGCAUUGUAUAUAUUAUCUGAGACUGGAUUACUUGCGACCAAACCAUCUCCUCUUCCAAUGGAGCCUAAUCUCAAGCUUCAAAAGGAUGAAGGAGAACUCUUUCAUGACCCUGCUCUGUACAGGAAGUUAGUUGAAUUUGAGUACAAAUAUGAAGUUGGGAGACUUAGAAUAUGUGGUUAUUGUUAUGAGGUAUAUGGACUAGAAGGAAUACUGUUACAUUUGAUAACAAGUUUGAUCGGCCAGAGACUAUGCUUCAGAGGGCCAGUAAGAGUUUGGAAGCAUAUCACUCUGCCCAACGUACAACCUGGUCAAGAUCAUAAUGCAAAUGCAGUAGUGGCAAUGAAGGGACUAAGGCAAUGGGGAAAACCAUCUGAGCAUUAUAUGAAGGCUUAUUGGGAUGCUGCUGUGGACGUUAAGUCCAAGAUCACAGGGUUAGGAAUAAUUAUCAGAGAUGCUGAAGGGAGAGGGACGAAUUCUACUAACAUGGAAAAACAAAGUCAAGUGAAGGCUGCAAAAGCUUUUACAUCACGUGCUGCGAAUGUUGCUAUUGAUGAGUCUCACUUCGCAGAAUUAGAAUGGAUAGAUGACAUUUCAAAGUGUCCUGUAUACCGUCCGUCGAAGAUAGAGUUCGGGGAUCCUCUAACUUAUCUGCAAAAUAUUGCUCCUGAAGCUUCUAAAUAUGGAAUCUGCAAGAUUAUUCCCCCAAUAGAUGCUUCUGUUCCAGCCAGUGUGGUACUGAUGAGAGAACUUAGGAACUUCAAGUUCGAAACUGUAGUGCAACCUUUUCGGCUUGCUAAAUGGGAUGUGAAUGAUAAGAUCUCAUUUUAUAGAAGAGGAAGGCAAUAUACCUACCGUGAGUUCGAGAAGAUGGCAAACAAGGAGUACUCUGCUUGUCAAGUUUCUUGCUCUUCAUGUGAUUGUCCUGCAUACAUGGAAAAAGAGUUCUGGCAUCGAUUGGCCCGUGGAAAGAAAGAAACCGUUGAAUAUGGAGUCAAUGUUGAUGGGAGUGCCUUUUCAUCUGAUCCUAGGGAUCAGCUUGGGAAGAGCAAAUGGAACUUGAAGAAUCUGUCAAGGCUUCGCAAGUCCGUUUUGCGUUUGGUUGGAAGAGUUAUUCCGGGAAUAACGGAUCCAAUGCUUUACAUUGGAAUGCAAUUUGGUAUGUUUGCAUGGCACGUGGAAGAUCACUAUCUGUACAGCAUUAACUAUCAUCACUCUGGUGCACCCAAAACUUGGUAUGGAGUUCCUGGUCAGGCCGCUCUGCAGUUUGAAAGGGUAGUCCAUGAUCAUGUUUACUCUCGAGAUAUCUUAUCAUCCAAUGGAGAGGAUGGUGCUUUUGAACUGCUUUCGGUAAAAACCACAAUGUUUCUUCCAAGUAUUUUGCUACAACAUAAUGUACCUGUCUACAAGGCUAUGCAGGUGCCUGGGGAAUUUGUCAUUACCUUUCCUAGAGCAUAUCAUGCAGGAUUUAGCCAUGGUUUUAAUUGUGGAGAGGCAGUAAACUUCGCAACUGCAGAUUGGUUUCCAAUGGGGGAAUUGGCCAGUCAACGUUAUGCUCUUCUUAAGAAGACUCCAAUAAUAUCAUACGAGGAACUCCUUUGUAAUGAAGCAAUGCUUUUACUCAUGCCUUCGAAACAAGACAAUUCUGGUGAUCCAUCCACAGACGUAGUCUCCCAGCGUGCUGUCAAGAUUUCUUUUGUACGCCUCAUAAGGCAGCAUAAGCAGGCGCUUCAUCGCAUAAAAGCAUCAUCUCAUGCUUCCACACCACAUGCUCAAGGAACUCUCUUAUGCGGCCUUUGCAAGCGUGACUGUUACUUGGCAUACAACAUGUGCAACUUCUGCAACUCUGGUCCUUUAUGCCUUUUUCAUGAGAUUGAUUUGCUUCAUUGUUCAUGUGGACACGAAAGUACUAUUUUUCUGAGGCCGGACAUAUCAGUAAUGGAAGAUGCAGCUAAAAAAUUUGAGCAAGAAGAAGGAAAAUGCUAAAUGUACGUAAGAAAAACUGACAAAAAACUUACUUUUUCACAUGUCAAUUAUUGAUAUGUUGAAAAUCAUGAAAUUUGAAUUUUAAAAGAAAACUAAUAAAAUGAAUCUUGUAAGUAAAACUAUAAGUAUAUGUAAUACUACUCAACGUAUUAAUCGGGGCUUCAAAAUUAAAGUUUGUUGUAUUGGUGAUGGAUCUAAUCUAAAUUAGUAAAUUUUGUUCAAUGCAGUACUCAUAUUCUUAUUCCA